UUGCGUUAGGUUCUUUAUGCGUUUGAUCACGUGAUAAAAAAUUAUCACAUGAUAUUUUAUUUUGAGAAAGAAGGAAAACAUACAGGGAUUUCAUAGCAAUUACAGACGCAUUUAAUGUCAUGCAUCUUCUUGUGGCUUUAGUCCUUUUGCCAAUAGUUCUUGGCAGUGCUAUUCCAGGCCAGGAUAAAUGUGUAUGGGGACCACCAUACUGGUGUAGCAGUGUAAAACAUGCAAGAGAAUGUGGUGCCACAAAACACUGUCUCCAGACUGUAUGGAAGAAUCAGAUCAUCAAACCAGAAUCUACAGCAACUUGCUCUUAUUGUGAACUGAUUGUGGAUGCAUUUCGAGAUGCUUUAGAAAAUAAAGCUACACAGGCUCAGGUUGCUGCUGUGUUAGCAAAUGUUUGUGCCAUACUUCCAGACUCUGAUACCAGAGAUAUGUGCCAGGAGAUUGUUAAAGAAUAUGUUCCAGAGCUGGUACAAAUGUUUGAAGAUGACAUAACUACAGACAUGAUCUGUGCCACCCUGGGUCUGUGUUCUGGUCUAGAGGAUAGAUGGAGUCCAUAUGGUAUAAAGGCGGGUAACAACACUGACUGUAGUGACUGUACAAAGUUCUUUAAGGACGUUCAAGACAGUAUCACUUCAAAUGAAACUUUGAACCAGUUGCUGCAGCUCCUUAACCAGACAGUGUGUAGCCAACUUGGAGCUUUCAGUGAUACCUGCAUGGAUCUUGCGAGACAAUAUCUUCCUGUCGCCUUACAGACACUGGCUGAUCAAAUUGACCCAGAUAUUGUGUGUCGAGUGUUUGGAUUCUGUACCACCGAUAGUGUACAGGGAGAUGUGAUCAAGAUUAAGAAUAUCUUCAGUGAAAGGACAUCAAAGGAUGCACUGAAGUAUAGAUCUAGUGAAGAAUGUGUCAUUUGUCAAGAUUUCGUCAAGGAAGUGAACACAUUGAUGGAGGAUCCCUCAGAACAGGAUAAACUGGUAAAUGAAAUAAAGAACGUUUUCUGUUCAAAGACAGGAGAUUUUCAAAUUCAGUGUAAACAUAUUAUGGAUGGAUAUGUCCCAACAUUGGUUAAGCUGUUGGCUAAUAAAUUACAAAUGGAUCCAGUUAUUACAUGUAAGGUGGUCGGUCUCUGUUCUUCUGAUAAAGUAAAGGUAGAUGUGGUACAGAUGAUGAAUAGUAUGUUCACAGUAAGAAAAUCAAAGGCUGUGGUUGGAUUCAAAUCUUCUGACGAAGAGUGUGACAUCUGUAAAGAUUUGGUCACCCAGAUAGACGACCUUGUUAAGGACAAAACCAACCAGGACAAGUUUAUGUAUGAGGUAGAGAAUUAUGUCUGUCCGAAACUUGGUACUCUUCAGGAUGAGUGCAAACAACUGGUAGAGGAGUAUGCUCCAGCAUUGUUUGAACUACUUGUGAAUGAACUGGACCCAAAAACACUUUGCGAAGAAGUUGGUUUUUGUACAGUACCCAGUUUACCUAAAGUGACUGAAGCCAAGCAAGUGGAACCAGCAGGCAUGGUAGGAUCAGGCUAUGUAGAAAAGUCGAUGGAGUGUACAUUAUGUUCACUCAUUAUGGAAGAGGUGGACAAUCUCCUUAAACAGAAUGAAACAGUUAUAACAAUUGAAGAUCUUCUGGACAAAGUUUGUAAGAGGCUGCCAACUAAAGAACUUGAUAAGCAUUGUGAAGAAUUUAUUAGCAAGUAUGGACCACGUGUGAUAAAUUUGCUUGCUAAGGAGAAAGUAUGUGAGGAAAUUGGAGUCUGCCCAAAAUCAGCAGUGUCAGUACUGAGACAACAGAAGGUUGGAGAUGGCAAAUGUGACUUGUGUACCUUCUUCUUUACUACAGUACAGGAGUUGAUUGCCAAUAUCUCCAAGGAGGACAUACUCAAAGAAUUGAGAGCAGUAUGUCAGAUGUUUCCUGGCAAUUUCUCGGCAACAUGUCUGACAUAUCUUGACCAGUAUGGACCGAUUGUCAUUGAUCUGCUAAAGACUAACCCAAAGAGUCUGUGUGAACUUGCAGGUGCAUGCACUGAAAGCCAUGUACCUUAUAUGACCAAACCAAUCCCUGAGAACCUUCCUUCUGUGAAAGGACCUUCAGUAAAGUGUGAUUUUUGUGAUACAGCUGUUACUGUGUUGAAAUCUUACUUGGCAAUGAAAGCUACAAGAGCUGAGCUUGAAAUGGGCCUGAAUGCACUUUGCAAGUAUGUCCCUGACCUAACUCCAGUAUGUCAGAGUCUCAUAGCAGCAUAUGGAGACAAGAUCAUUGCUUGGAUUGACAGUGAAUUGAACGCCAAAGAAAUAUGUGAUAAAGUAGGCCUUUGUAAGGCAGUAAAGAAACAGACACCAGUUGUGUCAGUGAUUAUGUCCCCUUAUGAUACUCUUCCACUGGGCAAGUCAUUGGAGAACAAAAAAGCUGCUGUGAGCAUACCAUCAGAGGAGUGUAAAGUAUGUGAUACAGUGGUUAUAAUGCUCAAGUUUAUGUUGAGAAACAAUCAAACUGAGGAAGAAAUAAAAAAGGCCCUGGAAACAGUUUGCAGUUAUCUUCCGUCAGAAGUUACAGACUUAUGUCAGGAUGUUGUGAAACAAUACGGAAAGAAGAUUAUUGAGUUUAUUGAUAGCGAAUUGAAUGCCACUGAAAUUUGUACCAAAGUUGGCCUCUGCCAGGCUGUAAGGAAACAGACAUCUGCAGUGUCUGUGGCUAUGUCCCCUUAUGAUACUCUUCCACUUGUACAACCACUGGAGAGCAAAAAAGUUGUGAAAUCUGAUGAAAAAUGUGAACUGUGUGAUGAAGGUAUCAAAAUGUUGAAGUCCUUUAUCAGUGAAAAUGCCACAAAGAAGGAAAUAAAGAAGGAAGUAGAAAGCUUCUGCAAAAAAGUCCCUGAAGCAUUUGAACAAGAAUGUGAUAGCAUUAUUGAACAAUAUGGUGGCAAAAUUAUUGAUUUGCUUGUGAAAAAAGUUGAUGCGCACCAGAUAUGUGUAGAUAUUGGACUUUGUGACAAAGUUUUGUCCAUCUCCGAGGUUAUGUCCCCUUAUGACUCUCUCCCCAUUGUUCAACAAGUCAGUGAAAAGAAAGAAUCGGAAAGUGUGGGAAAUGAAGUGGAAUGUGAGGCUUGUAAAUACAUUAUGACCUACUUGGAUAAAGAGCUGCAGAAAAACAGAACAGAGGAGAACAUUAAAGCUGCUUUGAAGGAAAUAUGUUCAAAAUUAUCAGAUCAAACCCUGACAGCACAAUGUACAAAACUUGUUACUAAAUAUGCACAGACAAUUAUCAACUUCUUGCUCCUAGCUGAAAGCCCUGAUAAAAUCUGUAAGGAAUUGACUCUUUGUCCUGCUGGGGUCAAGAAACUCCCUGAGCCUGUACACAUCAAACUUCUCAAGGACUCAAAAGAAACAUUAACAUCUACAGCAGCAGGUCCUUUUUGUGUGAUAUGUGAAUAUGUUAUCGAGAAACUUGAUGAUGUUUUGAAGGGAAACAGAUCUGAAGCUGCCAUAAAAUCAGCCCUAGACAAAGUGUGCUCCCUCCUACCUGACACAAUCAGUGGUGAAUGUGAUGAAUUUGUGAACCAAUACAGCAACAUUAUAAUACAGCUGUUAGUCAACGAGAUAGAUCCUACAACAAUCUGUACAAUACUCAGCUUAUGUUCAACAAAAACUGUGUCACCAUUAGCAACAUUGGUAAAAAUCCUACCAGAAAAAGCAACAGCAUUGGACAAACUGAAAUCCAGUGGAGAAUGUGUAAUAUGCGAAUUUGUGAUGAAAGAGUUAGACAGCAUUCUUGAAGAUAACAGUACACAGGCUGAAAUCGAAAAGGCUCUUGAGAAGGUGUGUUCUUUAUUGCCAUCGACAAUCUCAGCUGAGUGUAAUGCAUUUGUAAAAGAUUAUGGACCCAUAGUUGUGCAGUUAAUACUUUCGAGGUUCACACCAGAACAGGUCUGCACUGCUAUUGGACUCUGCUCAUCCAGGCAACAAACUCAGUGGGGCACAUUCGUCAAAAUUCUUCCUGAGAAAAAUAAAGACCAAUUGAAGUCCAGUCCAGAAUGCGCACUUUGUGAAUUUGUGAUGACAGAGCUGAAGACGUUGCUAAAAGAAAACAGUACAGAGGCUGAAAUUAAAGCGGCUCUUGAGAAGGUGUGUAGUUUAUUACCAGAGACAAUCACGGACCAGUGUGAUGCGUUUGUAGAGGAGUACGCUGACAUGGUUGUGCAGCUUAUAUUGAAGAACUUCACACCAGAACAGGUCUGCACUGAAAUUAAACUCUGCUCAUCCAGACAACAAUCUAAGUGGAGUACACUCAUCACAAUGCUUUCUAUGAAACAGAAAGUUAAACUGGAACUCUGUGGUCCCUGCAAGCUGAUAAUGGAGGAGUUAAAGCAGUUUCUAAAGCAGAAUAGAACAACGCAGGAGGUUGAAGAGUUCCUGAAGCGAGUCUGUGACAUUCUCCCCGAUACAGUUACAGCACAGUGUCAUCAGGUUAUUGAUCAGUACAUUCCAAACAUUCUGAAUCUCAUUGAGGAAAAUGUGAAACCAGAAGAGAUUUGUCAGCAACUUGGGUUAUGCAAUGCAACAGUGACACACAAGAAAGAUGGCAGUACUUUGUUCUACAAGCCACAUAGACUGGGAAUGAACAAGUGUACAUAUGGACCGGCAUACUGGUGCGCUAACAAAUAUAAUGCGGCUGAAUGUAACAGUAAAAUAGAAUGGGUGGGAAAAAACCCAAGGGUAGCCUAA